GGACAGAGCAAAUGAAAAAUAGCAACAGAGGAUGAAGCAAACUUUUCAUGUUCUGAGGACCCCCUGACAUCUACAGCCACUGACAUUAUCGCAGCAAAUUGUGUUUUAGUGUGCGUGGAGGAACGUCGCUUACGCAGUGUGCAACUUCUACUGGAGACAUGGAGAGUUUUGUUUUACUGCUUGUCCUUUCUGUUAUGUUGGAAGGUGGUGCAGCCAGCAGCCCACCGCUCAGACGCCAAAAGAGGCACUGGCUUAUCCCACCAACUGAGCUCACAGAGAAUGUUGACUACAGUAGAAAAGGCCACGUUGCAAGGAUCAGGUCAGACUCUGACACAAUGAAGACUCUGUACUACUCUCUGCUGGGGCCCGGAGCUAGUGAAAAACCACUGAAUCUGUUUGUUGUGGACGAAUUGUCUGGGUUGGUGUUUGUCCGAGGAAUGCUGGACCGAGAGGAGAGAGAAGUUUACACUCUAACCGGGGUGGCCAGAUUUGUUGACGGCAGUGAGGCUGAAGGCUUAAUAAACAUCACGUUUGUGGUGAAGGAUGAGAACGAUAAUUCACCAGUUUUUCCCCCAACCCUUCAGGUUACAGUCAACGAGUCCAGUCCUGCAGGGACUCUGGUCGGUGUGAUUACAGCUACUGAUGCAGACAAGUUUAACUGCUCCCAUUCAAAGAUUGCCUACAGCAUUGCAAAGCAAGAGCCAUUUGAUGGCAGAAACCACUUCUACAUAGACAGACACACAGGAUCCAUCUAUGUCUCACAAAACACCUUAGACAGAGAGAGACAAAGUUCCUACAUCUUAACAAUCAAAGGAACUGAUAUGGAUGGAGCAGCUGAAGGCAACACAGGCACCGGGACAGUUCAUGUCAAAAUAUUGGACAUCAAUGACAACAGACCCAGGCUGGAAAAAGAUGAGUAUACAGGUAGCAUCAUGGAAAAUACAGCCAACAGAGAGGUCAUGAGGUUCAAAGUGCUGGAUGCUGAUGAGGAGAGAACUGACAACUGGCAGGCUGUUUUUAAUAUCCUGACUGGAAAUGAAGAUGGGAUUUUCAGCAUGAAGACAGAUCCCAAAACCAACGAAGGUGUACUGAUGCUUGAAAAGCCUGUUGAUUUUGAGGAAAGCCCUGAUAUCAAGCUGGGAUUGUCAGUAUCCAACGUUGCCCCAGUUGUGGGGGAUGGAGGAGCCGGAGGAGCCGGAGGAGGAGGAGGAGGAGGAGGGGGAGGAGGUGCAAGUUCUUGGAGUACAGGAGCUAGUGGCUCAUUCAGGAGAGAGAUGAAAAGACAUGGCAAACUUUACCCAGUGAACAUUGCAGUGCUGAAUGAACCCGAGGGGGUUGCCUUUAAACCUCCAGUGAAGCCCGUCUCUGUUUCGGAGAACCCAGAAAAAAAUCCAUUACAGAAGGUGAUCGCCGCCUUUCCGGCCACUGAAACUGACUCUGGAAAGCUUGCAGAAAAUGUUCGAUAUGCUAAAGGUUAUGAUCCAGACAACUGGCUGUCGAUCGACCCACUGACAGCAGAGAUAAGACUUCAAAAGUACCCAGACAGAGAGUCUCCAUUCUUGAUUAAUGGAACUUACUAUGCCAAAAUACUGAGCAUGACUCAUGAUGUGCCUGUAAAAAUAGCCACAGGAACUAUAGCGUUGCAGGUGGGAGAUGUAAAUGAUAACUGUCCCUCACUGAUCAACACUGUGGAGUACAUCUGCUCAGACACGAAAGUCGUUAACAUCACUGCACUGGAUGAGGAUGCAGAGCCAAACUCAGCCCCCUUUAGCUUCAGCUAUGUGGCAAAGGAGACCCAGGGGGAGUGGAGCAUUCAAUCUCUCAAUGAUACCAGUGCAUCCCUCACAGCCUUGAGACCGCUGUGGCCUGGUCGCUACCGGGUUGUCCUCAUCAUCAAAGACCGGCAGGACCUUGCUUGCCCACAGCCCCAGUACCUGGACCUAUAUGUGUGCUCCUGUGAAGGAGGAGAGACCUGCGUAACGGCAGGUUUGCAAAGUGGAAGAGCUUUUCUCAAGAAGUCCUCAUCUACAUUCGGAGGACCGGGAAUUGGGGCAUUGAUUCUAGGACUGCUGUCUCUGCUUUUCGUGGCUUUCUUACUGAUGACCUGCUCGUGUGGAGGAGUGUCAGGGAACUUCUCUGAGCUUCCUUUUGAUACCAGAGAGCACUUGAUUGCCUAUCGCACAGAGGGACGAGGAGAGGACAAGGAUGUCCCUUUGCUCAGCGCUCCAGUCAACAUGACACCUGCUGUCAUAUCUGCUGUACAGGCCAAUACCAAAGCAAACAAACCUACCCUGAUGACUGUUGACAUGGGCGCUGCCAGGUGCAGGUACCCAGCUGACGAGAGGAUCCAGCAGAGCAGCUUUGGACAAUUCUGGGACGGCUGGAUGGAGGGUGACUCAAUGAAUGAAGAACUGUUACGCUAUGAUAUCUAUGACAUGGCCCUCUCUGAUGUGUUUCUGCAUCAGUACUACUCACAGAAGGCGAGCAGUGCACCAGAGCAGGCAGCAAGUGAUUGUCUGCUGGAGUAUGAUUUCGAGGGCUGGGCCUCCUCUGCUGGCUCAGUGAAUUGCUGCAGCCUCCUGGAAACUGACAACGACCUGCAGUUCCUCGAUGACCUUGGGCCUAAGUUCAAGACUCUGGCUGAGAUCUGUUCUCCUCCUAGACCUCCCGAACCUUUGACAUGUCAAAGUAUGGUCAUCCAACAGGUGGAUAAAGUUGACCACGUUGCUAGUUCCUCACUGGUGGCUGAACCACCCAGGAUCCAUUGCAAGAGCCCUGAGUAUGACCACAAUGCCAGUAUCAGCCAUACAUCCACUGCAGUCAUGAGCUCUAAUCAAGCAUCUUCCAGCAGCAUGCAUGUGCAUUCUUCACACAGCACCAGCAACAUGGUUGAGUCAUCUCAUGUUAAUCCUGCUAGCACAGCCAUGCUGCCCUCUACUGGACAUGUUCUUCUACUACAGCAGCAGCAACCUAUGUACUACACCACCACCCCAGUGCUGCAGCCAAUGCACUAUGUAGUCCAACCUCAGCUUCAGAGCACUGUGCUGCUGGCUGAAGCUCCUGUCCCCAACCUGCAGGGCAUGGUUGUGCUUAGUGGAGGCUCUGGAUACACUGAGCACACCUUGCAAGAGGGAAAAUCUGCUGGGACUUUAACUCUUGGCAGGGAAGUAGGCAACAGAAUGGUUGAGGUGAAUCAGGGAGUGGGGACAUGGUUGAGGUCUGAUGGUCCAGGAGAUUUAAUGAGUGUCAGGGGAAGUCAUCAAUGUAUUAUGUCAGAGGGUGGAGGUAGGAUGGAGCAUCAUAAUAAAGCGAUGGCAACAGGGGGAUACAUCAGUGUGGAAGCAGCAGGGUCUGAACAAGGGCCAGUAGUAUUCACACAGAGAGGAAACAAGACAAGAAGUAGGUCAGUGGCAUCAGCACAGGCACAUUCUGAAUUCAUAGCAGCACCAGAGCACACCUUGCAAGAGGGGAAAUCUGCUGCCACUUUAACUCUCGGCAAGGAAGCAGGCAACAGAAUGGUUGAGGUGAAUCAGGGAGUGGGGACAUGGUUGAGGUCUGAUGGUUCAGGAGAUUUAAUGAGUGUCAGGGGAAGUCGUCGACAUAUUCUGUCAGAGGGUGGAGGUAGGAUGGAGCAUCAUAAUAAAGCGAUGGCAACAGGGGGAUACAUCAGUGUGGAAGCAGCAGGGUCUGAACAAGGGCCAGUAGUGUUCACACAGAGAGGAAACAAGGCAAGAAGGUCAACAGUAUCAGCACAGGCACAUUCUGAAUUCAUAGCAGCACCAGACAAAACGCCUUCUCAUAUGACAACCAAAAUAUUGGUGGGUUAAUACAUGGAACAAACAUAAAUGCCAUGUUUCUAUUGCGUAUCUGAAUUUCUACAUUUUCAUCUUUUGAGGUUUGACUGGCACUCAUUUAAUGACAUUUUUUAACCAUUUGAGUUUUAAAUGGCACUCAUUUAAUCCUGUAAUCUUGGUGCACUCUCUUCUAUAAUGGAUUAAUGGCAUCUGACUGGAAAAUUAGUGCCAUUAGCUUUCAACUUAAAUGAUUUAUCCUUGUUACAGUAAGAUAAUGAAAUACACAUUUUUUUGUAAAUAACAAUUGAUAAGUGAUUAUAUUUUACAUUCGUUGUAUGGUGAAAUCUUUAAAAGUAAGUAAGCAAGUCUUUACUUGUAUGGUACUUUUAAAACACAGAGCUACAAAAUGCCUCACAUAAAGACAACACAAUAAAAACAAUAAAAACAAGUAGUAAAAGUAAAAUGAACAAAACAUUGUCGUUGGAGUAAAGUUUAUAAAAAAGGCUUGACUGUUUUUUAAAGCUUCUUAAAGCUGUUGACAGAGUUGCAUGUUCCAGAGAGUUGGAGCUAGCACGAUCAACCUUUGUCUUGAGGUUGGAGUGAGGAACGGGUAAGGGGCCAAGAUUUGACGUACGGAGAGGUAGAAUAGGUUAUUUAGAAGGUUAUUUAGUGUAAAAAGACACUAAAUCGAAAAAGUGACCUGGGUUAGACUGCCAGUGUGUUUUCUUUUAUUUCUAUUCUUUUGCAGUUGUGUGUAUAUUUUCAAAUGUAAGGGUAAAACUAAGCCAGUGCAGCUUUUUGCAGCAUCUCACUGUGCCUUAGUCCAGAUGAGUGUGAUGAUGACAGGUGAAUAAAGAGUCUCACCAGACUCAUCUGUUGUCCUCCUAUAACCGAGAUCUUGUCAUUUAUUUUACAAAGGGACAUUUAUUCUGAAAAUCACAAAGGUAGUUAAUGACAAGAAACAAGAAUUAUAAUUUUGGAGGAGUGCUUACCAGAGAUGAGUGAGCACGAACAUGCAGGUUAAUUUUUCUAAGACUAGAUGUCAGCCCAAAACUACUGCAGGUUAGUGUGAAUAUGGGUGAGGCCACAUGUGCUGCAGAGUAAUAAAGUCAGCACUAAACGACAGCAGAAUGAGGCUUUUCAUACUGUUUAUUCUGUCAUAUAAUACUUCAAAUACGUAUGUGUGUGUAUGUGUGUAUGUUUCAGCCACUGAUUAGCAUGGAUUAAUAGUAUUCCAUUAUAAGGAAGACUACAUAUGCAUUACUUCUAAAGACUUAUUGCUUACAGUCAAGUAGACUGUAGAGCUUAUGUGGUCUAUUGGAGGGUACUACUGGAAAAAAAAACAUAUCAAGACUAAAGUAUGAGCUCUUAUAGUAUACAGUUCAUGUAUCUCAGUGUUAACAUAAGUUUUGCAUUAGGCUGUUUAUAUGGGUUUAUUUUUUAAGAAGUAAGAUCUCUAAUGGCUUUGCAGUAAAGCUUUCAUUGAGCCAUUGUAGAAAUAUUCUGUUUAAGUCAGUGUUGCUGAGGGUUUACCUGAGUCUAAGGUUCCGUUUGUUGAUGAACUCUUCCCAUGUCAAGUUCAGACUUGCCUCCCUGCUACAUUAUAUUGCUUUUGCACAGCAAAAUGGGCAAUACCUCCUACAUGUUUUUCAUGGUGCCCUGGAAACUCAUUUUAAACCACAGAUAUUUGCACAUAACUGCAGAAUCUGCAGGCAAGGGACAAGAUAUUGGAUCAAAAGUCUUCUGGAUUUUAUUUGUAGUAUUGACCAAUCAUGUUUGAGCAAGCUUAUGCAAGCAUCCAGUCCAUGUGGAGAGCAAAAAAAAAGGCACAACAAUACAAUCUCAGAACCUUUGCUAUAUGGUCUGAUGACAGUUUAGCUUUUUAUUAGCUUGAUAUGAAUAUAUAUGAAUAGCAUUCAUAUGCAGAUAUCUGUUUAGUGUAGAGAUUAGUGGUCUCUCAACUCUAGUUUACACAGGAAGCUCCAAACAGGUUUUUGCCCAACAGAAACUACUUUAGUGCCAGACAACAGAAGAUGAGCUCUGAGAUUGUGACAGCAAAAAGAUUUCUUGUUUUACAACCUUUUGUUUUUUUUAUUACAACCAAACUGUCAAUAAAGACUAAGUUGUGUUAACAUGCAA